UGCUUCGCUAUUUAAACUGUGCGCUCCGCGCUUGCGACAAAACGCCCCCUUACGCGAACCGAAGCUGCUGCGGAUUUGCGUGGACGAAAAGCCCAGAGACUCGUCAAAAUGAGUGACAGCAACCCGGUUAAGCAGGAGGUGCAGAACUUCGACAAGAAGUGUCUAAAGAAGACAACCACUGCAGAAAAGAACACCCUCCCUACCAAGGAAGACAUCGAGCAGGAGAAGAGGGCGGAAGCCUCGAAAUGAAAAGCCAGGCCUCAAGACCCCCGCUGCCCUGGCUCUGCCCGACCUCCGCCGAAAUGAUCUACCUGUCGGUCCCUGCCGUUCCUCCUCGGCGCCUCACGCUCCACUGAACAGCACUCGUUCAGACCCUGUGGAGAAAGAGGUGCCGCGGGGGGAUGGAGGGCAGGUGGAGGUGCGGCGGCCACAGUGGGGAUGUGCUCCAGUUUUAAUGCCAAUUUCAGCUGUGUAAAUUUUGAUUCUUGCUUUAUAUAACUCAUUCCUGGCAGUGAAGGAAGUGGGAGGGAGUCGUUUGGAGGCUUGCUAUCAACAAACGGGGCGACCUGCGCCUGUGCUGUUCGGACAACACCGGUUCCGCCGUUGGCGCCUCCCAUGUGGUGCUGCCGCCAUUCCGGAUGCGUGCAUUAACAAUGUUAAAAUAUUUUCUCUAUUUCUGUUUUUAAACAAAAUAAAGAUGUUUUAAAAGGGAUUUUGUGAAGAG